UCCAUUUCAUAACCUCGUACUUUCUCGAAUUUCUUUCUCAAACUCCUACUAUAAAAACCACCUCCCCCCUUCUCCCUCAUUACUGUUAAUAAAAAUAAAAACUAGUCUGCAACCAAAAACUUGCUUCAUUGUUUCUGACAGCUCUAUUUUUUCCCCUUGAAUUUGAAGUUGAGGUAUAUACUUUAUACUUGAUAGUUUAAUAUGGCUACAAAGGAAGGAAAAGCCAUAGGCAUAGACCUAGGCACAACCUACAGCUGCGUGGGGGUGUGGCAAAACGACCGCGUUGAGAUCAUCCCCAACGACCAAGGCAACAGAACCACCCCUUCAUACGUUGCCUUCACAGACACCGAGCGUCUCAUCGGCGACGCUGCCAAGAAUCAAGUCGCCAUGAACCCUAAGAACACCGUCUUCGACGCAAAGCGCUUAAUCGGUCGCAGAUUCUCCGAUGCGUCCGUACAAAACGACAUGAAGCUGUGGCCGUUUAAGGUCAUUGCUGGCGCAGGUGACAAGCCAAUGAUCGUCGUGACGUACAAAGGAGAAGAGAAAACUUUCGCGGCGGAGGAGAUAUCUUCCAUGGUUCUGAUCAAGAUGAGGGAAGUUGCGGAGGCGUUUCUUGGCCAUCCGAUCAAGAACGCGGUUAUAACCGUCCCUGCUUAUUUCAACGACUCUCAGAGGCAGGCCACGAAGGAUGCAGGGGCAAUUUCGGGAUUGAAUGUUUUGCGGAUCAUCAACGAGCCAACCGCUGCUGCUAUCGCUUACGGUUUGGACAAGAAAGCUUCUAGAAAAGGCGAGCAGAACGUUCUCAUCUUCGAUCUCGGUGGCGGAACCUUCGAUGUUUCGCUCUUGACAAUCGAAGAAGGGAUCUUCGAAGUGAAAGCCACUGCCGGAGAUACUCAUCUUGGUGGCGAAGAUUUUGAUAACAGAAUGGUGAAUCAUUUUGUUGCGGAGUUCAAAAGAAAGAACAAGAAGGAUAUUAGCGGCAACCCUAGGGCUUUGAGGAGGUUGAGAACUGCGUGUGAGAGAGCUAAGAGAACGCUCUCUUCAACUGCGCAAACGACGAUUGAAAUCGAUUCUCUGUACGAAGGGAUUGAUUUCUAUGCAACGAUCACGAGAGCGAGGUUCGAGGAAUUGAACAUGGAUCUGUUCAGGAAGUGCAUGGAGCCGGUGGAGAAGUGUCUGCGUGAUGCGAAGAUCGAUAAGAGUCAGGUUCAUGAAGUUGUUCUUGUUGGAGGAUCUACAAGGAUUCCAAAAGUUCAGCAGCUUCUUCAAGAUUUCUUCAAUGGUAAAGAGCUUUGCAAGAGUAUCAACCCUGAUGAAGCUGUUGCUUAUGGUGCUGCGGUUCAAGCCGCAAUUCUGAGCGGUGAAGGUGACGAGAAGGUUCAGGACUUGCUGCUUCUCGAUGUCACGCCGCUCAGUCUUGGACUUGAAACCGCCGGCGGAGUCAUGACGGUUUUGAUUCCGAGGAACACGACUAUUCCAACGAAGAAGGAGCAGAUUUUCUCAACCUACUCUGAUAAUCAGCCUGGUGUUCUAAUCCAAGUGUACGAAGGAGAACGAGCGAGAACAAAGGAUAACAAUCUUCUCGGGAAAUUCGAGCUGACCGGAAUCCCUCCGGCGCCGAGAGGAGUUCCGCAGAUCAACGUGUGUUUUGAUAUCGAUGCGAAUGGGAUCUUGAAUGUUUCAGCUGAGGAUAAGACGGCAGGGGUGAAGAACAAGAUAACGAUCACGAACGAUAAAGGAAGGUUGAGCAAGGAUGAGAUAGAGAAGAUGGUUAAGGAUGCAGAGAGGUAUAGGGCAGAGGAUGAGGAAGUGAAGAAGAAGGUGGAGGCGAAGAACUCUCUGGAGAACUACGCUUACAACAUGAGGAACACGAUAAGGGACGAGAAGAUUGCUGGGAAGUUGAGUGCUGAGGAUAAGGGGAAGAUUGAGAAGGCGGUGGAGGAUGCUAUUGAGUGGUUGGAAGGGAACCAGAUGGCGGAGGUGGAUGAGUUUGAGGACAAGCAGAAGGAGUUGGAAGGAAUAUGUAACCCCAUCAUUGCUAAGUUGUAUCAGGGUGGUGCUGGUGGUGGUGAAGAUGCUCCAAUGGGUGGUGCUCAUGACAUGCCUGCUGGUGGUUCAUCUGAUAAUUCUGGUGCUGGACCCAAGAUUGAAGAAGUUGACUAAACAAGAAGCAUCUUGACUUUAUCUUUGUUAUAUGAUUAAGAACUCAUAGCGGUUAUGUUCAAAGCUCGUUAUUCAGUUGUUUUUUCUUCCCUUUUUUUCGGUUAAAAGUUUCGCAUCUAGUAGUGUAACAGUGAUGUGUUUGAUAAAUAAUGAAAAAUAUUUUUUUUUUUCUUUUCUUU